AUGUAUGCUGUGACUGGUAGUGAUGAGGAUGACUGUUACCGGUGUUUCCCGCCCGACCCGGGCAUUGGUACUGCUGCGUCAGGUGCUAGUGAGGCUGCUGCUCUAGGUGCCAGUGCGUCUGUGCUCUCAGGUACUGGUGAGUCUGCCCUCUCAGGUACUGUGUCGGCUUCGGCCUCUCACACCUUCACCCUUGACUCUGGAGCGUCUCGCUCCUUCUUUCGGGACCGCACCACUCUCACGCCGCUGAGUCGGCCGGUUGCGGUGUCCCUGGCUGACCCCUCUGGGGGGCCUGUCCUAUCUCGCUUCUCCACGGUCCUUCCGUGUCCGGCGGCCCCCUCUGGCACCCUGUCUGGUCUAUACCUCCCCUCGUUCUCGACGAGCCUGGUGAGUGGUGCUGACCUACAGGAUGCGGGUGUCCACCAGUUCACUCCUGCUCGUCAGCGAGUGACUCACUGCACGGAGGCUACCACGGGACGCCACCUGGCUACGUUUACACGUCGGCCAGGGUCGAGCCUGUACACACUGACCACUGCUUCUCCCCCAGGUGCUGAGUCUGGUAGGGUCCCUUCGUCUGGUCAGGUGUUUGCCGCGGCGUCCAGGUCUGGUCCUGAGUCUGCCCCCUGUUCGUGUCGCCGUCUGUCUCACGAGACGCUCCUCUGGCACCACCGCCUUGGCCACCCCUCUCUGCUUCGGCUCAAAGGUAUGGCCUCCCGUCUUCUUGUGUCUGGUCUUCCCCGGUCCCUCCCUCCCCUUCCUCAGGGCCCUGGCCCUGUCUGUGUCCCCUGUGUCGAGGGGCGCCAGCGUGCUGCCCCUCACUCCUCCCAGUUUCCUCCGACAGAGGCCCCGUUGCAGACGCUUCACAUGGACGUGUGGGGCCCAGCCCGCAUCCGUGGACAGGGUCAGGAGCGCUACUUCCUGCUCGUUGUUGACGACUACUCGCGUUACACCACAGUCUUCCCCUUGCGCAGCAAGGGUGAGGUUACUGAGGUGCUGAUCGACUGGAUCCGCGCAGCUCGUCUUCAGCUCAGGCAGAGCUUUGGCUCCGACUUUCCUGUGUUGCGUCUGCACUCGGACAGAGGCGGAGAGUUCUCCUCUGGCCUUCUGCGUGCCUACUGUCGGGCGCGAGGCAUCCGCCAGUCCUUCACGCUUCCGGACUCUCUGCAGCAAAAUGGGAUUGCUGAGCGCCGCAUUGGCAUGGUCAUGGACGUCGCUCGUACGUCUAUGAUGCAUGCGGCUGCCCCCCAUUUUCUGUGGCCGUUUGCGGUCAGGUACGCCGCGCAUCAAAUCAACCUUCACCCCCGGGUCUCUCGGCCCGCGAUGUCCCCAGUCUUGAUGUGGACGGGGAAGGUUGGCGAUGCGUCGGCGUUCCGGGUCUGGGGAUCUCGGGCGUUUGUCCACGACUUGUCUGCGGACAAGCUGUCUCCUCGCGCCGCUCCCUGCGUCUUCCUGGGGUUCCCCCCCGACGCCCCUGGGUGGCAGUUCUACCACCCCACCUCUCGACGUGUUCUGUCCUCCCAGGACGUCACGUUCGACGAGUCGGUACCCUACUACCGCCUCUUCCCCUACCGCACUCCGUCCCUCCCCCCGCCCCCGCUCUUCUUGGUCCCAGGUCCCCCCCCGGUAGACCCCCUCCCCCCUCAGGGUCCUGCCCCUUCAGGUGUGUCCCAGGUAGACGCGGUCGAGCCGGUCGAGGUCACUGGUGACUCUGGUGCUGCUGCGGGAGCUGAGCCUGGGGGUGCUGGUACUGGAGGCGCUACGCUUGGGGGUACUGAGUCUGGGGGUGCUGAGCCUGGGGGUGCUGAGCCUGGGGGUGCUGAGUCUGGGGGUGCUGAGCCUGGGGGUGCUGAGCCUGGGGGUGCUGAGCCUGGGGGUGCUGAGCCUGGGGGUGCUGAGUCUGGGGGUGCCGAGCUUGGGGGUGCUGAGCCUGGGGGUGCUGAGACUGGAGGUGCUUCGUCUCGCCGAGAGCCACUCUCCCCGCAGGAGCUGCGUGAGUGGUUUGCCCGGCGCUGGAGGCGUACUGCUGGUGCUGGAGGUUCUUCGGCUACUGAGGGUGCUGCUGCCGGGCGUCCCGGAGGUGCUCGUGUUGCAGGUACUGGAGCUGCUGGGUCUGAGGGUUCUCCUGGAGCUGGUGCUGCUGAGGGUGUUGGCGCUGAGACUGCCGCUGGCGGUCCGACUUGCCGUGCUCCUGGUGGUGCUGCUGGAGGUUCUGGAGCUACUGGAGGUGCUGCUGGAGGUGCUGCUGGAGCGGGUACUCCUGCUGGGGGUACUGGUGCUGUCCCUGCUGUUUCUGGCGUCGCCGCGCGGCCCCGACCGUACUUCGUUCCGCUCCUGCAGCAGGUUCUUGGUCUUCCACCUUCUCCUGGUCCUCCUCCUCCUCCCUUAGAGGGUCCACAGCCUGUCCAGUCACAGCCACAGCUACAGCCUGCCUCCCCUUUGCCUGCUCCUUCUCCCUACACUGGUCCGACUGGAGGUCUUACUGAGCGUCGUGAGCCUGCGUCUCGUCCUGCGUCGCCUGUUCGUACUGAGCGCGCUAGUGGUCGCGGGUCGCGUCAGCGUCCUCCUCCUGUUCCUGGCACGCACCGGAUGUCACUGCGUCCGUCCACUGCUCCUCUGCGUGCCCCUUUGCCUUCUCCUCCUGAGUCCUCUCUUCCUGCUCUUGCCGACCCGGAGUCGGACUCUCUUCGUGCUGCCAGUCCUACUGUCACGCGUCUCCUUGCUACUGCUGUCACUGACCCUUCCUUCGAGUCGUCUGCUGCGUCUGCCCUUGUCUCUGAGCUUGUCGACUUUGCUGCGCGCUGUCGUCUAGACUACACUGCCAGUCUUGUCGCUGAGUCUGAGUCUGCCUGUCCUCCGUCCGUCGGGGGUGAGUGUGCCCUCGGCACGGAUGUCCUUGAGGACAGGCAGGAGGAGUUCCAGUGUCUGGCUACCGCUUCACCUCAUCUCGCGUCUGCAGCUAUGGAUGCAGAGAUGGCUUCCUGGAAGUCCACAGGCACCUACGUCGACGCUGUUCCCCCUCCUGAGGCGAACAUCGUCAGUGGCAUGUGGAUUUUCAGGGUGAAGCGGCCGCCGGGUUCUCCGCCUGUCUUCAAGGCGCGUUACGUGGCUCGUGGCUUCAGUCAGCGGCAGGGGGUUGACUACUUUCAGACCUUCUCCCCCACCCCGAAGAUGACCACUCUUCGGGUUCUGCUGCACGUUGCUGCUCACCGUGACUACGAGCUGCACUCUCUCGACUUCAGCACAGCUUUCUUGCAGGGCAGCCUGCACGAGGAGAUCUGGCUGCGUCGCCCACCUGGCUUCACUGGGUCUUUCCCUCCUGGUACCCAGUGGAGUCUCCGGCGUCCAGUCUACGGUCUCCGCCAGGCGCCACGUGAGUGGCACGACACACUGAGGACUACGCUCGCGGCACUUGGGUUUGCUCCUUCUACUGCCAACCCGUCGCUGUUUCUGCGCACCGACACCUCUCUGCCGCCGUUCUACAUCCUCGUGUACGUCGACGACUUGGUCUUUGCCACAGGUGACACUGCUGGACUCGUCUACGUGAAGUCUGAGCUGCAAAAGAGACACACGUGCACUGACCUGGGUGAACUGCGUAGCUACCUUGGCUUGCAGAUCACCCGGGACAGAGUGCGCCGCACCAUUACCCUGACUCAGUCACACAUGGUGCAGCAGGUCCUUCAGCGCUUCGGCUUCACGUACUCCUCGCCUCAGGCCACUCCUCUGCCUACUCGCCACUCGCUCUCAGCUCUGCCUUCGGAUGAGUCCGUAGAGUCGAGUGGCCCGUUUGCAGAGCUUGUUGGCUGCCUCAUGUACCUGAUGACCUGCACACGUCCUGACCUUGCAUACCCUCUUAGCAUUCUCGCACGCUAUGUUGCUCCUGGGAGACACCGACCAGAGCACAUGGCUGCAGCGAAGAGGGUGUUGCGCUACUUGUGCAGUACGUCGGGCAUGGGGCUAGUGCUUGGAGGGCGCAGUCCAGUGGUCCUCACUGGGCACGCAGACGCUUCUUGGGCUGACGACCAGGCUACUCAGCGGUCGUCACAGGGUUACACCUUCAGCCUUGGUUCCGGCUCUGUCUCGUGGCGGGCUACCCGCUCGUCUUCUGUUCUCGGCUCGAGUUGUGAGGCUGAGAUCUACGCUGGGGCUAUGGCUGCACAGGAGUUACGCUGGCUCACCUACCUGCUGACCGACCUUGGAGAGCAGCCUCGUUCUCCUCCAGUCCUGUACGUAGACAACAAGGCCAUGCUGGCCUUGUGUCGAGAGCAGCGACUGAAGCACAGAACGAAGCACAUUGCCCUCCGCUACUUUCUUGCUCGUGAGCUGCAGCAGCGUGGACAGUUGCGACUUGCGUACGUGGCCUCUGAGGCCAACACUGCUGAUGUCUUCACUAAGGCACUUGCGCCUUGUGAUCAUCAGCGUUGUUGCACGCAGUUGGGUCUUGUGCCUGUCUUGCCUCACUUGCUCACUUCUUGA